AUGAAACUCUCUACGCUCUUCGGAACCUGCCUCGUCGCCACUGCUUUUGGCCUACCCCAGCGCAGCGACCUAGAUACCCCGCAGCUGUCAAAGCGCAUCAUCGGUGGCAAUAUUGCGGCAACUGGCAAGUACAAGUUCGCCUCAGUGAUUAAGCUCGACAUUGGCGGUCGCACUUACACUUGUGCUGGCACCAUCAUCUCCGAGAACCACAUUGUGACUGCUGGGCAUUGCCUGGUGGGGGCUACGGGCACCGUCAACUCUCCGCAGAACAUCACGGCCGGCUACGGCAGCAAUGUGUCUGAGCAGCAGACAUUCCAGACGGCCACUAAUGUGUUUUUGCACCCGCAGUACGACCCGUCACGGUUCGAGAACGACAUUGGUGUGAUCGAAGUCCCAGAUAUGCAGCUGGAUGGCUUGCUUGAACCAACCCAAGCUGUCACAUCCAUCGGCUGGGGCAUGACCAACUACACGGACUACUACAGCGUGUCGCCGGAGCUGAAGGAGGCCGUCAUCAAGAUUGGCAACCUAGGCUCCAUGCAAGUACCAGCACGUUCGAUCAACAGCAACGGGCCGCACAUCUGCAUUGAGAAUGCGCUGGUUCCCGACAACGGGCCGUGCAGCGGCGACUCGGGCAGUCCGCUGAUUGCAUACGAUGGCAACAGGCCGUACUUUGCAGGCGUCAUGAGCAACGGCGGCGGUGCGCACGGCGAAGCUACGUGUGCUGUGACCGGAGGCUUUGCCUUCUACACACACGUCAAGAGCUACAUCUCGUUUAUUGCUAAUGUCACUGGGCUUUCUCUGUAG